ACAAAAUUAAUAGAGGCUCUAAAACCUCCGUCUUAAGCCGCCGCAGAGUUGCUCGGAAAGAAGUGCCCUGACUCACCGAAGACGACGCCAAAGAGCUUCUGAAACUAGGCGAAAGCAUUCUGACUUCCUUCAUAAACCUGCAGAAAAAGUCUGUUACUUUCGUUCUGCUAUGGCUGCACCCAACGUUCGUACCAGCAGCUUCUCUCGCAACAGAUCAGUUGUCUCGUCACCACAAACACCUGGUCUCAAAUGCGGUCCUAAUGGCACUACUUUCGUAUCCACCGGGAUUCGUGAUCUCGACAGGAUAUUAGGUGGUGGGUAUCCUUUGGGAAGCUUAGUGAUGGUGAUGGAAGAUCCUGAAGCACCGCAUCAUAUGGAUCUGCUGAGAACUUUCAUGUCUCAGGGUCUUGUUAACAGUCAACCACUUCUUUAUGCUAGUCCUUCCAAAGAUCCCAGAGGGUUUCUUGGUACUUUGCCAAAUCCUGGAUCGUCCAAAGAAGACAAACCUACUGCCCCAGACCCUGAUCAGGGGGAGAGCUUGAGGAUUGCUUGGCAGUAUCGGAAGUAUAUGGAAAACCAGAAGAAUGCUAUUGAUGAUUACUCAAAUGACUUUGAUAUGAGAAAGCCCUUGGAGAGGCAGUUUGUUGCCGGAAGGCCGAUAGAUUGUGUCAGUCUGCUAGAUUCUUCCGAUCUUUCUGUUGCUCAGGACCACUGCGCUACUUUUUUAUCAAAAUUUCCAAGAAACAGCAGUAACAUAGCAUCUGUUGGCCGCAUCGCAAUCCAGUCAUUCUGCUCUCCCCUGUGUGAGUAUUCUGACAAGGAAUCAGACAUGCUUUCCUUCAUAAGAUUGCUGAAAAGUAUGCUGAUGGUUUCAAAUGCGGUAGCCAUUGUCACUUUCCCGCCUUCCAUGCUCUCCCCGUCUUCCUCAACAAGACUGCAGCACAUGGCGGAUACUUUACUCUCUAUCAAAGCGAUCCCAGAUGGUGACAAGGAUCUGGAGAAACUUCUCACUGGCUACAAGGACAUAAAUGGAUUCCUCAACGUACACAAGGUGGCGCGUAUCAACACACAGGUGCCUGUAAUUCUGGAGGCACAGACCUUCUCGAUGAGCUUGAAGAAGAGAAGAUUCUUAGCUCUAGAGUGUCUGAAUCAAGCCCCUGUAGACGGAUCAAGUGGAACAUCGUAUGGCACAUCAGGGAGCUGCUCAGGAUCAUCAUCCAAAUCCGGAGCACUCGAUUUCUGAGUUGCUGAGUUGUUUUUAUUGUAAUCUUCUUCUUAGCUCCUUUUAAAAAAAACUUCACUUCAGAAACUGGCCAUUAUAGUGUUCGGUCAUUACAACUCGUCUUUCGACUAACAAAAACUGAAAUCUAUUUCAUCAUUUCA